AUCUUAGCUUAAAUCAGCUGACACGAUAAUAGUCGAUAGCAAUUAAUUUUAUGUACAAAAAAAUUUUGGAAAAUUCAUAAACAAAGGAAAACAAAUGUUGCGUCAAUAAAUGCCUGGUAAAAUUUCUUUGUGUAUAAUUAAAAUUGAAAUUGACUUCGAUUAUCGACAAGAUCAAAUGGCAGAACAUGGAGCCGCAUCAGUUGACUCAUCUGCAAGUAAUUCUCGAGCACAAAAGGAGCGUGAACGUGAUAGAGGGCUGCGAACAACUUCUGGAAUAAUUAUUGAAUCUUAUGAAAAUCAACAAACUAACCCAAAACCGCCUGUCAGGGCUAUAUUACCGACAGGAUCAAGAGAAGUAACACCGCUUGAAGACACAAAUUCAAUUGAUCUACCGUUAUCCGCGACUAAUACAGAAUUUCCAAAAGAAAUAAGUUUUUUUUCUGGAAACCCUUUUGUUGAAGUAACUAAUGGUAUUAUUCAUCUUUUUAAGAAAAAUGAGAGAAAGGAAGUUGAAGACAUACCAAGUUCUCAACUUUGUUUAUUAGCAGUACCAGCGAGUUUAAGUUGCCAUGACCUGCUAAAAUUUGUUGCACCUUGCCAUGAAUUUAUACAACACAUAAGAAUUAUUAGAGAUGGUAGUCCAAAUCAAUUUAUGGUGAUACUAGAAUUUCGAUCUAAUAAAUCGGCUCUGGAAUUCUAUAAAACUUACAACGGAGCAGCCUACAAUUCGAUAGAACCGGACUCUGUUUGCCAUGCUGUUUGGGUUUCAAAUAUAGAGUGGGGUGAUGAUGGACUUCCGCCGUUGGGGCAUACGGAACUUCCAAAUUGUCCCGUAUGUCUUGAACGAAUGGAUGAAAGCGUUGACGGAGUGUUAACUAUUCUUUGCAAUCAUGCUUUUCACGCGAAUUGUUUGAUAAAGUGGGGGGAUUCUACUUGUCCCGUUUGUCGACAUGUUCAAACACCCGAACUAAUGGAGAAUUCUGUUUGCAUGGAAUGCGAAGGUAAUGAAGCGCUUUGGAUUUGCUUAAUAUGCGGCCAUGUAGGUUGCGGUCGAUAUCAAGGAGGUCAUGCUGCGGCACACUAUCGUGCUACCAAUCAUACUUAUGCCAUGCAGUUGGGUACCUCGAGUGUUUGGGACUACGCGGGAGAUAAUUUUGUUCAUCGUUUGUAUCAAAAUAAGACAGAUGGAAAACUCGUAGCAUCACAAAAUCCUCAUGGAAAUGGGGAAGAAGAUGAUGGAAAGGAAAAAAUUGAUUCCAUGCAAUUAGAGUUUACUUAUCUCCUCACAUCGCAGUUAGACACUCAACGUAAAUACUACGAAGAAAAAUUGAAUUCAAUUGAAAUGGACUGGGCGAAACAAAGGGGAAAAACUGAUGAAAUCUUAAGUAAAUUUGUAGAUAUGGAGCAAAAAAUUCAAAUAUUAACAAGAGAAAAAUCAUCUUUGGAAAAAAAAAUCAAUCAAAAUCUAGCAAAACUAAGAGAAGCUCAGAAGCAAUUGGCAGAAGAAUGUCAAAUGACGAAAGCGUUACAGGAUAAUCAAUCUACUUGGCAAUGUAAAUAUGCCAUCUUGGAAAGAAAAUUUAAAGAAUACCAGGAGAAAAAGGAAUUAGAAUUGACCGAAGUCAAGGAACAACUACGGGAUAUUAUGUUCUACAUGGACGCUCAGAGCAAAAUUGCUGAAUCUGACAUGAAAGAAGAAAUAAAAGAAGGCACAGUGCUUGUUCCUCCAGCCCUAACAGAUAAAAACGGACCUAGUUCAAAUUCAAGUAAAAAAGGACGUAGAAAAAACAAAUAGUAUUCCAAUUCCACCUUUAAUCUGCAUGAUCUCUUGAAAAACGUGGAUUUAUACAUUUUGUCGGCUUGGAAAUUAAUCUGACAAAUACAACUGCUAUUUAAAAUAUAAUGUAUGUAAUUAAAAAUAAAAUUGCGUAUA